ACCCCGCCCCCAGGCCCACACCAAGGGUGUCCGCGGCCUGCCCUCCAGGCGGAGGAGCCGGGACUGCGGAAGGAUGGAGCUGGCCGCGGGAGGCUUCUCGGAGGAGCAGUUCUGGGAGGCCUGCGCCGAGCUCCAGCAGCCCGCUCUGGCCGGGGCGGACUGGCAGCUCCUAGUGGAGACCUCGGGCAUCAGCAUCUACCGGCUGCUGGACAAGAAGACUGGACUUUAUGAGUAUAAAGUCUUUGGUGUUCUGGAGGACUGCUCACCAACUCUACUGGCAGACGUCUAUAUGGACUCAGAUUACAGAAAACAAUGGGACCAGUACGUUAAAGAACUCUAUGAACAAGAAUGCAACGGAGAGACUGUGGUCUACUGGGAAGUGAAGUACCCUUUUCCCAUGUCCAACAGAGACUAUGUCUACCUUCGGCAGCGGCGAGACCUGGACAUGGAAGGGAGGAAGAUCCAUGUGAUCCUGGCCCGGAGCACCUCCAUGCCUCAGCUUGGCGAGAGGUCUGGGGUGAUCCGGGUGAAGCAAUACAAGCAGAGCCUGGCGAUCGAGAGUGACGGCAAGAAGGGGAGCAAAGUUUUCAUGUAUUACUUCGAUAACCCGGGUGGCCAAAUUCCGUCCUGGCUCAUUAACUGGGCCGCCAAGAAUCAGAGCAGAACCAAGCGGGAAGCUCAGAAUCAGAGAGAUCUCAUCAAGUUUUCGGCAAACCCAAACAUUCUGCAAUAGAUUGAGUGGAAGGAAGAGGAAGGACAUAAAGAUAAAGACAUGAGAAAAGAAGCUGAGUCUUUGUUGAAACACUGAAAUGGGUGCAGGUAUCAUUUCUUAUCUCAUUGUUUUUUCUCAUAAGCCCUGAAUUAAUUCAUUUAUUCACAGUAUUUUCACAGAUGUGAAAUUCACAUAUUAUUCACAGAUAUGUUCACUAUCAUCUAUGUACUGGAAAGAUAGCAGUGAAUAAAAUGGACAAAAUUACCUGCCCUCUUGGAGCUCGCAUUCUAAUGAAUAAAAUGCCAUUGUCACUUGGAGGAUAUGCUUAUCAAAAUUUUUAGAGGUCAGUUGCCUAGCUGGUCAAAGAGCAGUAGAAUUUAAAUUUUUCUCCUGUAAGUAGCUACAAUGCUUUGUCAGAAUUUUUACCCUAGUAUUACAAAUAUUUAUUCUAUUUUGCUGAUAAAUUUAAAAAUGGCCUUCAGUGUCAUUCCAGAUGGGAUAUGUUGUCUUACCAUUGACAGAAUAUUCUACACCCAAAGUUAAAAUUUCUAAGAAGAAAACACAAUUAAGCUCAUCCUUUAAAACAUUUUUUUCAAAUGACUAAAAAUUAGCUAUUGGGAAGUGCUGAUAUUAAAAUGGCAGCAAAGCUUCCGCCUCAGAGCUCUCCUUUCUUCUCCCUGUCUUCUCAUCAGCAGAUCUUUUUUUGUUCACUGAAGAAGCAAAACUGGAAAGUAAAUAUAUAAAUUAGAAACUGGCAAGAGAAGUAAACAGCAGUCUUGGGUUUUCACUUCAAGGCAAAACGAUGGCUCCUAGUGUCCCCUUCUGCAUGUCAAUCUUGUAUAUCAAUUCCUUGUGAUAGGAAAUGUUAUUUUCAGUGGACUGUAGUCCAGGCAAUUGUCAAGAGAGCUCCUAUGUGGCAACUGUUUUGGACAUGUCCAGAGACACAACUUUUUCAACACUGCAUCAGCCCCAGCCUGGCUUUCACUGCUUCUGUAUCCCUAGCUGGUCACAGCUAGCUCUGCUGAUGCUCCACAGCUUCAGGCACAGCUCCACCUGAGCUAUUCCUGAUGGAGAUGAAUAGUGCUGCGUAACUCCCUAUUGCAGACUGGUUUCACAUUAGGUCUACUGUCUAGACUUGAGACUUAAUGGCCCCAGAUGUCUGAGGGACUCCCACACUCCUUGCUGCCAAUUAGAUCUCAGAUCUACUGGUGGUAUUCAUGACCAUAGGGGACUAAGUUUGGGUGGUAGCUCCCUUCUUUUACCUUCUUCCCAUACAUUCACUCAGUCCAUAGAAUAGAACUGCAAACUUGAUGUCCUCUUUUUAAUCCAACCAAUCAACUUGUCUAAUGCACUAGUCCCAAUUCUGGAGAUCCUAGUUUCAGUGACCCAGUUACUGACCUGGGUCUUCUUGCUUACAAAGACCUCCGAGAGUGUACCCACCUGCCUGUUAAACUGGUUAAUUUCCACCAAUCUAAGUGUAGGUGCCACUUACUAGAUGCAACUUUUUGGUAUAGCCACUUCUAAAAUGAAGAUGGAAACAGGUACAGCCCCAAAGACAGUAGGCAUGACCUGACCUCCUGUACCUUUAGAGUUAUUCCUUGUUCCAUCUCAGUGCAUGUCUCAAAUUAAUUAGUGCAUGUCUCAAAUUAAUUCCUGCUCCAUUUUACAGCUUGCCUGAUAAUACUAUAGGCAACAAUGCAAAGUAUCUAACAUCAAAGUCUCAAACAAUGAUAAAUUGUAAUUGGAACUACUUCAUGGUGGGAGAGAAGCUUUUGUUAUCAACAUUUAUUAGGCCUGCUGGACCUUUAGUAGGUCACUCGGUCCCUGAACACAGAGAUAAGUGGACCUGGGUUUCAUAUUUAGUCUUCUUGCAGAACAAAUUUAGCCUUGGAGAAGACCAAGGCUUUGGGCCCAGGAAUGGCCUGGAAGUUCUCUGGGACUAAUUCAAAGCCUCACUAAACUCCCUCUUGGAACAUCUUAGGAUCCAUAGCCACAGAUUCCUUGGUACACCCAGAGCAUGGUAUAGACUUUAUAACACUGCCAGUCCUUUUUAAUGUUUCAAUCUUUUUCUUUCAUCUUUAUUCUAAUGGUGCCUUGAGAAAAAACAGCAUUGAGUAUACAAAUGAAUUUGGGAGUAAGAGAGAGGGAUCUGGGAGAAAAAAUAAAAGUGAAGUUCAAAUAAACUUGUUUGGGGAACUAAAUGGCUCUUACGUUAAGAAGAGUGGGCUCAUCCCCACCAGGUGCACAAAUUUUUUUAAUGUCUUUUCUUAUUUAAGAAAAAAAGUAAUUUGUCCAAAUUAAUGACCCUGUGUCCAAUAUGGAGGGUAUUAGAUACUUGAUCUUUUCUUCUAUGUCGAGGGCAUGGCUGAAGUCUUUUAAUCCGAGCUCUGAGAGCCCAGUGAGAAGUUAGUUGUUUGUAGCUUGAGACCUGGACCAUUCUUUUCCCUUUAAAAUUUUGUGAGUCUCUAAGUCAACUUCAAAAUAAGGAUGGAGAAAAACUUAAGGCUGUCUCAGUUUUGUGUUGAGUGAAUGCUUGCUUGAAAUAGAGAAGCAAAAGAAAAACAAAGGUAAAAUAUUUUGAUCAUUCACCAAAUUAAGAGUUAGAUGUUACUGCCAUCUAGUGAUGAUUUAACACCUGGCCACCAGGGGAAGGUAGAGUCAUCUUUUUGUUACACAGGCAUCGCCUUAGGGCCUAUCAUAGACUUGCAGGUUUGGGAAAAAGGUGACAUCUGAGUAAACUUCCAAAUUACCAGAGGAUGGUACUAUGGUGAAAAGGUCCCACAACUGUGAGAAAAAUGCAUGUAUUCAUAUUAAAUCCUAAGCCUCUCUGCCCAUAAUAUUUCUUUAAAAAAAUCUUCCUUGCAACAAUGAAAACAGGUUUCUCUUAACUCCAUGACUCCAGGAUCCUUAACGCAUAUUUAAACAUUCACAGGCAAGUUAUAUGCCACCUCUCCAUUGCAUCUGCCUCCAAACCCUGUCUCUACACAUCACUUAAUAGAGCUCCAAUCCCAUUCCUCCUCAUUCUGACUGCACUAAUUCCAAUCCCAUUCCUCCUCAUUCUCACUGCACUCAUGUGGUCACUGGAGGUGGGGAAGAGGAAGAAGCAAAGAAGAUGAUACUGUGCUUACCUUGUGUAGAUGCUUUACAAUCAUAGUUGCCCUCACUAUCAUCCCAGAAAGUGGCAUCAUUCCAGUGUGAAAGAUGAGAAAAUCAAGAAUUAGAAAAAUUAGGUAAUUGGCCAGAGAUCACACAGUUAAGUGUAAGUAGCAAAGCUGGAAUUUGAACCCAGUGUACCUGGUCUUAUCAUCUGAGGAGUUUUUUUGUGGCUUGGUAAGCACAGUGAUAGGAUGUUGGAGAGGAACGCUGAAUGUGGAACAGUGGGAAAUGUUCUCUGCUCAUCAAAGGGCAGAGUUCAAGAACAUCCUCAUGUGGCCUCCUCUGGAGCAGGUACAGAAAAGCUGGGAAGGUACAGAAGUACUUGAGUAUAAAGGCUUAGCAGGUUUUGGACGCACAAGCAAAUCCAUAUCUAGAGCAGGGUUGCCAGAAACAGAUGGUAACUCUAGGGUGCUAAUUUCAUCCCCUUCCCUCAUCUGAAGAAACACCAUGCUUCAUGAGGGUAUCCAUCUCCGAAGGAUU